UGCCCCCUUCGCCCCCAUUCCCACCCGGCUUUUAACUCCUUGCCCGCCGCAGCCAUGUCCAACAACAUGGCCAAGAUCGCGGAAGCCCGCAAGGCGGUGGAACAGCUGAAGCUGGAAGUGAACAUCGACCGCAUGAAGGUGUCGCAGGCGGCGGCCGAGCUCCUGGCCUUCUGCGAGACGCACGCCAAAGACGACCCGAUGGUAACGCCGGUCCCCGCCGCCGAGAACCCCUUCCGCGACAAGCGCCUCUUUUGCGUCCUGCUCUGAGCCUUCCCGACGGCUUACUCUGCUUUGCCAAAGUCUG